CAGCGGCCACAGCCCCGGCCCCACCUCUCACCGCCGCAGCCGCCACAGCCCCGGCCCCACCUCUCACCGCCGCAGCCGCCAGCCCCGGCCCCGCAGCGGCCACAGCCCCGGCCCCACCUCUCACCGUUGCAGCCGCCGCAGCCCCGGCCCCACGUCUCACCGCCGCAGCGGCCACAGUCCCGGCCCCACCUCUCACCGCAGCCGCCACAGCCCCGGCCCCACGUCUCACCGCCGCAGCGGCCACAGCCCUUGCCCACCGGCGGCACCAGCACCCAGGGCGCCGUCAACGCCGGGGUCAAGAGCUCAAGUGCCUCCAGUGGCGACGGCGCGCACGCGUCCAACAUCACCUCGUCCUCGCAGGUGAUCAACACUCCAACUGGUCAGACCUCCAAAACCAGCACCUCGGGCGCGGGCGCGACCUCAGGCUCGGCCGGCACCUCUGGCCAGGCCGGGGCGAACGCAGCCGGCACAUUUAAAACCGACCUCCGCCUGCCGGAAUUUCCCGGCUUCCCCAGCAGCAAGAAGGAAGGCGCUACCAGGAGCCACUCGAACAUCCACGUCUCGGGCAGCAAUUCCAGCUUGUUCGAGAUCAACCAGAGCGCCAACAACACACUCGUCCUGCCGCCACCGCUUUGA